CCGGCUCCCCGGGCCCAGCUCGGCUGAUGGUUGGCGCCGGCCUAUAUUUACUCCCCCCAAGAUCUUCCUGCCGGACAGCCACGAUGUGAGCCCAGAGCAGAGGAGGAGAGGAAAGGAGAGGAGAGGAGAGGAGAGGAGAGGAGGGGAGGAGAGGAGCCUCCGACCCAUGGGGAAGAAGAACAACGCCUGCCCCUCUCUCCUGCAGAUGCCAGCCCAGCCCAGCCGGACCGGUGACCCCAGCCCUCGCUCCUCCGAGGCCCACCCCCUCCCCAAAACAAAAGAGGGGAUGGGGGGAAAAAGGGAUGCGCGACACGAUGGGCCGAAGUCCGGACCGCCCGCAGGAGAGCACUUCAAAGAGGGUUUUUGAUCUGGGAUCUGGCCAGCCCGGUUUCUUUUGGUUUCCUCCUUUGGCGGUGUCCGUCUUUUGGGGCGAAAGGGAGGCAAAAUGCGAUGAGCCGAAGUCCGGACUGCCCCCGGGACCAGCACUUCAGAGAGGGUUUUUGAUCUGGGAUCUGGCCAGCCCGGUUUCUUUUGGUUUCCUUCACCGCGUCCGUCUUUUGGGUGGCGGGGGUGGGGGGUGGGGAAAGGGAUGUGCAAAAUGCGAUGAGCUGAAGUCCGGACUGCCCGCCGGAGAGCACUUCAGAGAGGGUUUUUGAUUUGGGAUUUGGCCAGUCCUGUUUUUUUGUUUCUUGCCUUCCUUCUCCGUGUCCGUCGUUUCCCCCCCUUCCCUCCCUCCCUCCCUCUUUUUGAAUUUUCUUAUUUUUCCCCCCCUCUUUCGCCGGCUCGGCCGGGAGAAGGGGAGGGGGGAGAUGCUGCCGUGGAAGAAGAACAAAUUCGACCUGAUCGAGGAGGACCCCUCCAAGCAGCCGGCCAAGCCCAAGGGCUACGCGGUGAGCCUCCACUACUCGGCCCUCACCUCGCUGGCCAAGGCCUGCCCCGAAAGCGCCCUCAACCGAGUGGGCAGCAUGUUCAAGUCGAAGCGGAAAAAGAUCCGCAUCACCAGCGAGGACCCCACCUACACGGUCCUCUACCUGGGCAACGCCACCACCAUCCAGUCCCGGGGGGAAGGGUGCACCGACCUGGCCGUCUGCAAGAUCUGGACCAAGAGCGAGGCGGGCAAGCACGGCACCAAGAUGAAGCUGACCGUCAGCGCCCAGGGCAUCCGCAUGGUCCACGCCGAGGACAAGGCCCUCAAGAGGCCCGGCCACCUCUACCUCCUCCACCGGGUGACCUACUGCGUGGCCGACCCCAGGCUGCCCAAGGUCUUCGCCUGGAUCUACCGCCACGAGAUGAAGCACAAGGCCGUCAUGCUGCGCUGCCACGCCGUGCUCGUCUCCAAGCCGGAGAAGGCCCAGGCCAUGGCCCUGCUGCUCUACCAGACCUCGGCCAACGCGCUGGCCGAGUUCAAGCGGCUGAAGAGGAGGGACGACGCUCGCCACCAGCAGCAGCAGCUGGUGGGCGAGCAGACCAUCCCCCUGGUGCCCCUGCGCAAGCUGAUGCUCCACGGCCAGUGCUGCUACAAGCCCCCCGUCGAGCGCAGCCGGAGCGCCCCCAAACUGGGCUCCAUCACCGAGGACCUGCUCGGGGAGCAGCAGGAGCAGUUGCUCCUCGACCGGGAGGACCGGGAGGACCGCGAGGACCAGGCCCCGCGGCAGCGUCCCCAGCAGCCGCAGCAUCCUCAGCACCAUCCCCAGCGCGCCCUGGUCGUGGCCAUGCACAUGGACUGCGGCGACCUCCUCGGGGACCGGCGGGGACGGCUGCUGCUGGACCGCGAGGACCGCGAGGACCCGGAGGACCGCGAGGGCCGGGCCCCGCGGCAGCAGCGUCCUCAUCAGCCGCAGCAUCCUCAGCAUCACCCCCAGCGCGCCCUGGUCGUGGCCAUGCACAUGGACUGCGGUGACCUCCUCGGGGACCGGCGGGGACAGUUGCUCCUGGACCCCGAGGACCCCGAAGACCCCGAGGACCAGGCCCUGCAGCAGCAGCAGCAGCAGCAGCAGCAGCAGCAGCAGCAGCAUCACCAGCGCGCCCUGGUCGUGGCCAUGCGCAUGGACUGCGGGGACCUGCUGGACACCCUGGAAGAGGGGGGCGGCGACCUCCUGGGGGGUCGCCCCCCCGAGAUGAAGCAGGAGCUGGCCCAGCUCAUCAGCGACCUGGGCGAGCUGACCAUCGGCAACGACGUCCACAGCCUCAGAGCCGACCUGAGGGUCACCCGGCUGCUGUCCGGGGAGAGCACGGGCAGCGAGAGCUCCAUCGAGAGCGGAGGCCAGGACGGGGUAGGGGCUCCCACCCUCUGCGACGGGCUCGACCAGGCCGGACACGACCCCGAGACGGGAUGAUCCGGGUUGACACCCUCCUCUCUCCCUCCCCCGGACUCAAGAAAACCCACCCACCCUUCCCAAGGGUACCCCUCUCCUCUUCCUCUUCGCCCCUGUCUGCGCCCUGCCGGACCACAGAAAAUCCCUUCCCCACCCCCCUAAAUCAUCCACCCACCCACCCUUCCCAAGGGCACCCCUCUCCCCUUCCCCCCGUUUGCGCCCUCCCGUGUGAUUUAAAAUCCCUUCCCACCGCCCCCAAAGCACCCACCCACCCACCUUCCCGAGCGCAUCCCUCCCCUCUUCCCCCCCGUUUGCGCCCUGCCGGACCACUGAAAAUCCCUUCCCCCCCUCCUGAAACACCCACCCACCCACCCACCUUCCCAAGGGCACCCCCUCCUCUUCCUCCUUCCCCCUGGCUGCGCCCUGCCGGACCACUGAAAAAUCCCCUCCUCAUCCCCCAAAAUACCCCUUCCGGGAAUACCCCUCGUACCCCUCUCGGACGACUUCAAAAAUCUCCCACCCUCUCAAAACAACUACCCACCGCCCCUCUUAAGGGCACCUCUCUCCUCUUCCUCUUCCCUUGGCUGCGCCCUGCCGGACCACUGAAGAUCCCUUCCCACCCCCCACCCCCAAAAAGCCCCCACCCACCCUUCCCAAAGGUACCCCUCUCCUCUUCCUCUUUGCCCCUGUCCGCGCCCUGCCGGACCAUUGCAAUUCCCCUCUCCACCCCCCAAAAUACCCACCCGCCCACCUUCCCAAGGGCACCCCUCUCCUCUUCCUCUUUCCCCCCGUUUGCGCCCUCCCGUGUGAUUUAAAAUCCCUUCCCACCUCCCCCAAAGCAGCCACCCACCCACCUCCCCUAAGGCACUCCCCUCCUCUUCCUCUUUCCCCCCCCGUUUCGCGCCCUCCCGGAUGACUUAAAGUCCCCUCCCCGGGGUCCUGCUUGCGCCCCUUCCCCUGCUUGCGCCCGUCUCCGUGCCAUCCUCCGUGCCCAUCGCGCCCUCGGCCCUGGGAGGAAGGAGAGAUUACUGAGAGGGUGGCAACCCCCAGAUCGCCUUCCUCGCCCCCCGAACCCGGCCUCCGCCCUCUCCGCCAACGCAGGCGAUGGAAAAAGGGGGGAGAAAAGGACAGGCCCCGCGCCCCCCGGCCAGAGCUGAACCGUGGGCGGCACUGGGGUGUGGGGCCCCGGGGGUGGCCCAGAGCCAUCCCCGAACGGUGGCCCCUGGCCUGGCCCGGCCCGGAGCGGCGGUGGCAAAGGAAAAGAAAAAUGUGCCUGAUCUUGCAAGGGAGGGAGAAGAAACCCAACCCUCUAGCUCGAAUCGAACUGGAAGGGGAAGGGGCCCGUGCGAUGGUUUGGAAAAGUCUCCGGCCCUCGGCAAGAUGACUGAGAAUUUCCUCUUUCUAACCUAACUGGAGACAUCGACCGAGAGGGGGUUAACGUCCUCUCUCCGGUAAUCUAUUUUCCAGGAGGGAUGUGUCAUUUGCAUUGUCAGUUUCUCUCUCCCAUUGAAAGCCGUCGAUGCUUGGGGAUUUUUCUCCCUCCCCUUUCUUUUUGGUGCAUGAGCUCGGGUUGUUUACCUCAGUCUCAGAUCCUUGAAGACCUGCCAAAUUCCUUAAAUAACUAUUGUGAGGGGAGAGGAGGGAAAAAAAAAAGUUGCAUUUUGUUUACAGUUAAAAAAAAAGGAUGGACGAUCCAAGGAGUUUUCUUCCUUUUUUAAAAAACAAAAUUUCCCCCUCUCCAAAAGGAAACAGAUCUCAUUCCAUUAUUAUGUAAGAUAUUUUUGCACUGUUGUGAAGUAUUUUGGACAGGUUGUUGGGUUGUUGUUUUUUUGUACAUAACCGUGUUCUCAAGAUUUAAAUGUUUAUAUCUUUUGCUGUGCAAAAGGAAAUCGUAGAAAUGUUGUUCACUUGUACAUACGGAAAUGUAUAGAGAAUACAUUUUGUUAUUUUUUAAGAACGGCAGUGUUCUGAUUUUUUUUUUUUGUUUGCACACAAGUGGAGAUAAUAAAGAAGAUAAUUUAAGAUA